AUGUCUCAGCGAAAUUCGCUCGAAGUGCCAGGUCAGCAGCAUGGACACGCCAUUGCUGCUCAGCAUCAGAGUGGAUCCUCAUCGCCACUUUUCGGCACCAGUCCGACGCAGAGCUCAGGGCAUUUGCACAACCAUCAUCACCAACCUCGGCAUCACACCGCAUCUCCCGUCCAUUCCAUCCUACGAUGUCCUCGAGGUUCAGGUCCACAUCCUUCCUCUCGAGCCCCUUCCCCCACGCGCGCGACUAUGAUUGAAGGUGGUGGUACCAGCAGCGCUGCAAACAGCAGCUCUUCAAGUUCUCCUACACCCACACCUAGCAAUGCCACCUUUUCGGGCACAUCAUCUCCAAACGAUAGCAAAUCUUUUUCCCCAAAUCGUUCGCCUCGCACGUCCGAUGGUCCUCUGCCAAACAUUAGCCCAAGCACUUCGCCCGCCCCGCACGCAGAGCAGUCCGUCUCCUUUGUGCCAUCGCAGAUAGCCGGCUCUAGUGGGGUCACAUCGACUGCUCCUUCUGUAUCUUCUCCCCUCGCACCGCACCCUUCUUCCAACGCCUCGACAGCAUCCUCACCGAGCGCCGUCAAGACUUCUCAUAGGCCUUCCAGCAGCAGCGGUGGUAGCGGAGGUGCGAUCAGCUUCGAAGCUAGAGGACGUUCGGCUGCGACAACGGGGAUCAAGUUGCCCCCCAGAGCUCAGAGCGCUUCGCUGGGCGGCCUGAGCGAAAAGGGCGGAGCUUGGGAACGUAAGGUUGGGUUUGAUUGCACGGAAGAGAACAUCACUGGAGAAUUCAGCUUCACAUUACAGGUGGGUAGACUUUUGAGACGCGCGCCUUCGUCUGAGGAGACGCCGCUUUCAGGGUGUGGACCUUGUCGUGCUGCCGUGCUGGUUCUGCGAUGAUCUGACAUCCCUUACGUUGCACAGGUCAAGUCCAGAGGGUACAAGCGGACAAAGAACACGCGGACAUUCAUGUGCGCCAUAGAUGAGAACGCGUAUAGGUGAGCCGCCCCAAGCACUCUGAAAGCGUCCGCGUAUCGCUUCAUCUGUAACUGACUUGACUCUCGUGUGCGGGCAUAGUGAGCGUGCGCUCGAAUGGCUCAUGGAGUCCUUGGUAGAGGAUGGAGAUGAGAUAGUCGCCCUCAGGGUGUUGGAAGGGGAGCCAUGGGGUGCGUAUUGCAUUCGAAGCAGACAUUUGGUCCUGGGCUAACACGAUCACAUGUGUACCGCAUCGCUUAGACAUCGACCAAGACGAAGCCAGAGAAGAAGCUCGCGAUCUCAUCGACUCAAUCGUAGACCUCAACGAUGACGUUGAAGAGCGCAAGGUGAGGGCAGCGCAUCGUCAUGGAUUCCUGCAUACCGUGCGUCUUCUCAACCCCCGACUUCUCAACGCUUUCCCAGAUAUCCAUCGUGGUCGAGUUCGUCGCUGGCAUGAGCGUCACCUCGACGGUUGUGCGCAUGAUUCAUGUGUACCGACCAGACAGCUUGACAAUUGGCACGCGAGGCAAGACGAUGAAUACGCUGCAAAAGAUGCUGGCAGGAGCGACAAUGGGCAGCGCUUCAAGGUACGUUCGUAGCGUUCAUGAAAUGCAGGGGUUCCUUGAUGACAAAUGCCGCGGCACAAAAGACUAAGUAUUUGCCUUGAUUUCUUGUACUCAAGAGAAUUGCUUUCGAGAUCGCCUGUGCCUGUUGUCGUCGUCAGGCCAGAGGCAAAGGUCACCAAACAUCGCAAGAAACGAGAAGCAGACCCGAAGAGGCGGUCUUACCAUGAUCUAGGUGAGUGUCGUCUACGAGCAGUGCUCGAGCCUGUCGAAAAGACAUUGGCGAUUCUGACAUGAUCGACUUUGCAGUGGCCAAAGCAAAAGCAGAGUCCUUGCCAUUAAGCAGAGAUGGCUCAAGGGAUCAUCACAUUUUGGGCCAUCGUCACUUCUCCAAGGGAGACUCGGGCGAGAGCGGCGCCAAGCCGAAGUGA